AUCACCCGAACGCAGUGUCAGCUGUGUUUACAUGCUACUUCCGUGCAUGUGCUCAAUUGGGCUUCACAGAACUUAUACCCUCAACUUUCUUUUGAUUUAUUGGAUGGAUUGAGCAAUUUGAUUCAGAACUAUACCUUCAGGUGCAUAUGCGUGCGUGUGUGUUGUUGUGGUGAAGGUUGCUGUAGUUACAUAAAGUGAGGGAAGCUGUCGUUGGGCCACUUCGGGACGUGCUGCGUACGGCUGGCGGGUGUGAGGAGAGAUGAAAAUUAGGAAGAGAAAUUAGUUUCACAAGUGACUUCAGCAUGGAAGAGGAGCUCUUAGCUCUUAGGUGGAACAAUCACCUCUCGACCUUUGCAUCACUGCUCUCAGGUCUUCGCACUGAGGAAACUUAUUCUGAUGUGACUAUUGCCUGUGGAGGAAGCCUGUACCCAGCUCACAAGUUUGUGUUAUCAGCAUGUAGUGAAUAUCUCCGGACCAUGCUUUGUGCCCACCCAAACAAGCAUCCAAUCCUCUACCUCAAAGAUGUACCAAAGGAGGAUUUGGAAGGCAUCUUAGACUACAUGUAUGCAGGAACAGUGAGAGUAGCACACUCGGGUCUAGCUUCCCUUUUGCGUACAGCAGAAGGACUUCAAGUUAAAGGAUUAAUUCUCUCGGAUUCAUUUAGGGUACAUGCUAACAAAAUCUUGCAAUCUAGUACAAAGAGGAAACUUCAGGAAGAUGAUAACAGAAAUCUUUAUAGCAAUAUUUCUCGCAAGCACCCUAGAAGAGUCACGCAUAGAACAUCCUCAGCCACUGCACUCAAUCCCCCUCCUUCCUCAUCUGCAACAUCUCUAUCAUCAUCAGAACCACCCCAACUGAUAAGACCAUCUGUAAGACUGCCUUUAAGAGAAGGUCUUGGCUUAUGGGAUAAAAGCAGUCAGGAAUCUGAAGCUGGUGAUAGUAGAAGUAUACCUGAUUCUACUAACUGCUCUGAAAAUGAUUCACAGAAUGAAGACAAAAUGGACUCUGAUCAAAUAAAAGAAGAAUCACCAGAUCCUGAGAAUGCAACAGACAAAGAUGAGGAGGAACUUGUUAUGACUGAAGAACAAGAAAUACAGAUCAAAGAGGAAGAACUGGAAAUGGAAGAAACAUAUAAUAUCAAAGAGGAAAAUGAUCUGGAUGAUGAUGAAUUCGAAGGAUUUGAAGAUGACAAAAUUGAUGUUGAAGAACAAGGAGAGAAUAUAUCAGUAGUGAGAAAAGAUAAGAAAAGUAAAGAAAAAGAUUUGUUACCUCAAGCACCAUCAUCAAAGGAUUCAAAUCUUGCAAGCUUUUUGGAAGUAAUGUGCACUGAGAAUGAUUCAAGUGAAAUGAAAGAAAUCAAAGAUGCUGUCAAUUAUGGAGACUCUGCACUGGUACCCAAUAGUCAAAAGGAAGGAUCAUCCAGAAUUCUGAAUCAACAAUGUCCAUUUUGUCUGAAGCUGCUGACAACCAGGUCCAAUCUUCAGCGGCACAUUGCCACUCAUCACCAGCGUCAGUCGUUCACAUGUGGCACGUGUGGAAAGACAUUCACUCGCAAGGAUCGGCUGACUGAACAUGAAAAACUUCAUACUGGAGAGGCACCUUACACUUGUGAUGAAUGUGGAAAGAAUUUUUCAAGGCGGGACAACCUGAAUGUACACAGACGUACUCAUACAGGUGAACGACCAUUUUCCUGUGAAGUAUGUGGCAAGACAUUUUCCCGUAAAGAGUAUAUCAGUGAGCACAUGGCUGUUCACUCGGAUCAUAAACGGUUUUCCUGUAGAUGGUGCAGCAAAGAAUUUAAGCACAAACAGAGCUUACGCCAUCAUAUGAAAAGUGCCCACAAUUCGGUCAAGGUCAGUGAGCACAUGGUUUCUAAUUCUCCGCUCAUUGUUCAGGUUAAUUAUGCUGAUGAAAAUGCAUAAGGUAUAAGAAGAAAUUUAUUAUUUUUGUUGCCAUUUAUUUAGUUUUGUUAAUUGUUGUGCAAAAGUUUUAUCAGAAUUACACAAUCAAAAUAUUUACCUGUGAUAUAUUAAGAAGUACAUCUGUAUGUUACCAGUCAUGUUAGAGAAUUUAACUUUUUAUAAAAUUUUGUCAAUAAUUGGUUGUGUGCAUCUUUAUUUCUAUAAAUCUACAAGACUGACAAGAUUUAUGCAAAAACUGUUCAGAUUUUAUGUUAGUAAUUAUUUUAUUAUGUUAAUUUGCUUUAUUUUUAUUUAUAUAAACUUAGACAUAAGAAUAUCGAUGAAUAAAACUUUUGUAAUGUUUUCAUGUAUAUUUUGUAUUUUGAUGAUGAAUUAUACUUCACCCAUUUUCGAACUUGAGGGGGUAUAAUUCAUUGUAUUUGUGAAGUAAUUACCCAUAUAGAAACAAAUUAAAUAUAUCUUCAUUAAACCUGCUACCAUCAUCCGGAUUGAGGCCUAGAAUUUACAGAAUGCUGAGUUAUUCUUUUAAAAAUAUACUGUAAAUAUUAAUGUAAAUUACUGAAAUUUGCAGGCGAUGAGUCACAAUAACAGAAAUUUACUGAAAUUUAAAAAAAAUUCUUUAUUCUGUUGAAUAAACCUUCAUUGGUAUAAAGGAUAAUAAAAUUGUGUAAGAUAUUAUCUGCUCAACAGUGGUUUGAAUGCUGCUUUGAAAUAAUUUUGGCUGUUAAACAAGAUAAAUAUUUUACUUAUGCAGCAUUAUUGUUAGGUCUGUGAUACAUGAAUGGGGUAUGAUUUAAAAAAAAUUAUAUUUACUACAUUGUGUAUCCUUUAUUUAAAGUAUUCUUUAUGUACACAAAUGGCACUCUUUAUACAUAUUGGCUUUAUCUUUGUAUUUUCAUUUGAAUACAAUUUAUAUGGGCAGUUCUCUUGUAAAGAGACAACAUUUUCUAAUUUGAUAAUUAUAAUUUUCCAGGUAAGAGAAGGAUAUCAUUAGAUAAGCUUGAUCUUGCACAUAACUGAGUGGUAUUAUCAGGGUUUAUUAUAUUGUGUUGGGUUAUUCCUUAUGGUGUUACACUCUUUGUUUCUUGUAUAACGUUUUAGUUUACAGCUAAUUUGUUUUUGUAAUUCUGUAUCUUGAUAAUGACUUUUCAGAAUUAUAUUAGUGUAAUUUAAAAUACUUGUGUUUGGCCAUAAAGCAGAACAUUUAGUUGUAAAGCAGAACAUUUGAUUGUAAAGGAUGAUUUUGUAUUUGGUAACCAUUUUAGGAACCAGUUUUGGGCUAUUAUUGUGUUCUGGUAAUGGUGUCAUUGCAACAGCAUGCUGGAUCUACACCAAACUUACUAAAUUUAUAUCCAUGUAAUAGAUGAUAAAUAGAAUUGCAUAGUUGCAUUUGAAUAUAUUGUCUCAAAAACAUCUUUGCUAGAAUAUGUUUUCUAUUAUUUUAGGCUGGGUUAGGUUUCUUCUCAACGUUUCAAAAUAGUUCCAAGAAAAAACUAAAGUUACUGGACAUUAUUGUGUUAUAAAUUAUGUUAAGUAUGAACUUUAUAGCUCCCUGGUGGCAGUUUUGAUAACUAAAUACAGGUAUUGUAAACAAAAUUACUUGUCACCCAUGUUGCAGGUAUUUAAACUUGUUAAAUUUUUAAUUGUAGAGAAUAACAUUUUAUAAAUCACUAUGUAUUAGUUAAAUUGCUUUAAGAUUUGUUAGAAAUAAGAUUCAUUGGCAUGUUAAAGUAACGUGCCCUUCUCUGUAACAUUUCAUCUUUUACACAGCAAGGAUUUUUUUAAGCUGCCUUUGACAGGCCAUGCAUUCAGGAAGAAAGACAGCAGAGAAUUAUCAUUUUAGUUCAGAAUGAUAUGUUUGAAGGUUUAUUGAACUACAUUCAAAAUACCUUCAAAUAUUGCUCUAAUUAACUGCUAGUUGGCUACCUGAGUUAUUCCAAACCACCAUCAGAUAUUACUACUCACACUGUCAGCAAGAGUGCCUUGGGAACAUCACUGCUCUUUUAUCAUCCUACAGAGGUUCUGGUUAAGACAAGAGAACAAGUGAUGGCUUGGAAGUGGCAAAGUGGCUAGCUUGGAAAGGAACAUUUCAUCUACACUCAACCUUAUUUUCUGUGGGGAGCCCGUUCGGUUCCCUGAAGCUAUCCAAACUGAUAUGUGCUAUAUUAGUUUGGGGUCAUCAGUCACAGGAGUUCUUAUGCCUACCAGGAACCAUGAGUAAGAACCUGAUCUCUUCAGAGAGGCGCAGGGAGCAAUGGUCUAUGAGCACUUUACAUUUAAAGUAUUUUAUAAUUGCCAUUGACUGGGGAAGGACCCUGGAAGGUAGGCAAAUCAAAACAGACCACCAUCUGGUUAACCUGUGCCAAUUAACAUCCCAAAAAAUCAAAAUAACUCCCCUAGAAUGAAACCAAACAAGCAACCGUUCAUGCGACUAACUCUUCUCCUCAUUAACGCAAUCUUCCCCCACCCCUCCCGGCUAGCACUCAGUGAGGUAGGGGGGGGGGAGUUGGUAGCGCUAACGAGCGGAAGUGCUAGUCACAUGAAGGGUUGCUUGUUUGGUUUCAUUCUAGGGGAGUUAUUUUGAUCAUUUGGGAUGUAGAUUGCACAGGUUAACCAGACAGUAAUCUGUUUCGAUUCUCUACCUUUCUGGAUCCUUCCGUGGUCGAUGGCAAUUAUGACAUACCUUAAAUGUAAAAUGCUCAUAGGCCAUUGCUCCCUGUGCCUCUCUGAGAAGAUCAGGUUCUGGUUCGUAGUUCCUGGUAGGCAUAAGAACUCCUGUGACUGAUAACCCCCCAAAACUAAUGUAGUACAUAUCAGUUUGGAUAAAUUCCGGAAGCCUCCAGGGCUCACUCAGAAAAUGGCGUUUCAUUACAUUCAACGCUGGUUCUUUGAGCUGAAAUCACUUAGUUGCUCUCUUCAGCAGAAUCCCUAAGAUCAGUGCAAUCUAGGACGAAAUACACAAGGAAACACCCGAGUUGCCAAGGGAAGUAUCAGGAGAAAAUACCAAGCCAUUACGACUAUAUAGCACUUAGACGGAAUCAGGAUAAGGAUUUGGGAUCAGACCCAACCACUUGGAGAGUUGAGAAUUGAAUGCCAAUCUGCAUAAAGUGAGACCGUUGCUCUACAGUCCAACCCAAGUAGGAAGUUAUAGUGUUCAAGUGGAGCCUGAAGAGAUCACAGGGGAUGAAGAAAACUGCCUCCUCAGAGGUCCAAGCAUAUUGAAUUAAAGACAAGACCAUGAAAGAUGUGUAGAAGAAAAGAAAGGCAAAAUAAUAUCAAAAGCUAACACCAUGGAAGAGUAAAAACAGAACUAUACCAAAGCACUGAACCAAAACACUGGCAAUAACCACCCAAAAAAAAAAAAAAGAAAAAAAAAAAAAGCCUGAAGGCGGAUGUGUAUACUUACAACUAAGUUCCUGUGCUAAGUAUAGAUUCUUAUGUUAACUAUAUAAAUGAUGAAAGGUUAUAACAAAGGAGAUAUAAACAAAAUUUAAAAUAUAUGGAUACAAAAUAAAAAUUCAAAAUAAUGGAUAUAAAUUGGAGACUGGAUUGUUUCAAGUGUAGGAUAGCAUACAUCAUAUGUGAAUGAGUUUAAGUGCAUAUAUAUAUAAGCUACCUUGCAUGGGCUAAUAGGCCUUAUAUAAGCUGCCUUGUAUGGGCUAAUAGGCCUUCUACAGUUUCCUUUAUUCUUAUGUUCUUUUGUUCUUAUGUUCUUUUAUUUUUAUGUUCACCUCCACUUCGUGACACAAGGGAUGUUCUCAAUCAACUGUCCAUAAACUACAUGACACAGUCAGGGAUGUUUUAAAGUACCAUAUACGAUUAAAAACUUACAUGGGUACAUGGGCUCACAUUUGCUUCCUCAGGCCUCCAGUAAACAGAUACCAUAUGGUAACUAUCCUGGGUGUGAAAGGCCUCAGUACUGAGAGAGUGAUCAUGAGUAGCUCAUGUAGCAACUGCUCAAAGCACUUUUAUGCAGCUUAUUAGAGCAUCACUCUAAUAAUGAUGAAAUAAAUAACCGGCAUUAUUUAAGAAUGAUAAUGUCUGUGCCCUGACUGUGACAAAAAUCAUGUACAAGGCUCAGAAAUCAGUGACCACAAUGUUGUUUACAAAGAUUUCAACACAAGGCAGACAGCUGCAGUUUAGAGAUUUUACACAUCACGAAAUGGGACCUCAUGUUUCUUUAGACAAUAAACUUGUGGAAGUUGCUCAUAUUCAGGAUUUAGUGACCAGGAUGCUGAUAAUAAUAGGAAUGUUGUGGCUAGAGUUAGCAAUGUGUAUAGUGUACUGGGAGGCAUUUUGCUGUGUCAGAUUCCAUUGGUAACUGACUAGCGUGUGGCACUAUGCUGUACUUGGAUCAUGGGAUUACCACACCCACCAGAACUGCUUAGUGGCUUGUUAAGUUACAUAAAAAUGUAUGUAGUUAUAAAUAAUGUUUGUGAAAAGUUUAAUAAAAGCAAAACAGCAUGUUUUAUUCCUCAAAGAAACUUUGCGCAAGACAAGCGGGGCUCAGCUGAACUCUGACAACUUGUUACAAGAUUACUACACACACCAUAACUACUUAGUGGUUUGUAAUGAUGCAUGAAAAUAUAGUUUAUUGUUCAAAGAAAAUAUUUUGCUCGUGUUAGUGACAUGAACAAAUCAGGUUAUUCUUGUUCUAUACAUUCUGUGAUUAUAAAUAACUAUUUUGGUAGCUCAAUGAUUUUUUAUACUUGAUAAAACUUUGGUAAAAGCAUUAAAAAUAUGAAGAAAAUAUAUAUUAAAUUUCUGCAGUUCCAACUUCAUGCAAAACAUGCGAACGAAUACAGUCGAACCUCUGUUUUCAUAUUUUUUGGUACUCGAACUCAAUUUCUUCAAAAAAUUUGAUUUGGUACUUGUUGUUUGCCUUGGUUUUCGGAGUGUGUUUAUACACGUACGGGUCCAAUGAACGCGUGGUGCUCCAGUUUACCAGUGUCUAUCACCUAGUGAUGAUUGCACUUGAAUUCUUUGUGAAGAAUUUCAUUGUUUUUGUGUGCUUUUUUAUUUCUAAACAUAAAAGUUCUUAUUAUAUAUCAUGCCUUGGG